AUGGGAAGAAUCUCUGGAAAAAAGGAUUUGACUGAUAACGACAAAAGAGCCAUCGUUGUGGGUCGUCAAAAUGGACUGACCAUGAUGACGUUGGCAGGAAUGUUCGGCGUGACAGAGGCGGGCAUUUCUCAAUUCCUAAAGCGUCAGAAAGCUCAAGAUGGCUCUACUAAGAGCCAACGCACUGGAAGAUCACGUGUCACUGAUGGUAAUGACGAUAGAAACAUUUUGAAGACGUCUAGAACCGAUCCAAGACUCAGCGUCCCUGCGAUCAGACGGGAAGUUUGCUUGAAUUCGCCAUCUCCGCCAUCCGUCUCGACCGUGAAACAACGUCUGAAUGCUGCUGGAAUCAUGGGAAGACGUCCAGUGAACAAACCGCUGAUUUCUGAAAAGAAUCGAGUCGCCAGGGUGAAGUGGGCGAAGGAGCAUCUCAACUGGACCCGUCAAGACUGGAACAAGAUUCUGUCGUCCGACGAAAUAAAGUUCCUCCUCUUCGGAAGUGACGGAAUUCAAUGA